CCUCCGAGAAGCCCCAGCGCUGAACUCCUGGUGGUGGCCACGCAGCCUCCGUUCCAUCCCCACCGGGGGGGGGGAAUAAUCAGCCCCGUUUCUGGGCUCAUCAACAGGAGCUUGUGCCCUAAUUCCUGCCCUGGGAUACGCCUGGAUUUGUCGCGCACCGGCCGGGAACGGCGUGUGCCAUUUUCCCCGGCUCCUGCUUUGAUUCUGCAGCGAUAGCAGACGUGAGCUUCCUUUUCCUUUAUGUGCUUCCCUGUGCCUGGACCCUUCCCCCGAGGUGCUGCUCCCAGCCCAAAGCCCAUCGCGGUGGCCAUCCCAGAGGAGAGACCCCCGCGGGCUGCGGGCAGGGGCUGGCGCCGCGGAGCUGCUGGCGAAGCGCCGGUGCCACCGCUGCCCACCGGCUCCCAUGCGAGCCCCGGCCAAAUGGACGCGAUCCCGAGCGCCGGCAUCAAGAGGAAGUUCGAGGAUGCGGACGCGGGCUCGGCGGGAUCCAACUCGGACGACGAAAUCUCCAACAGCGACAGCGCCGACAGCUGCGACAGCGUCAACCCCUCCAGCUCCAGCGGCUUCCGACCCACGUCCAUCCUGAAGCGGCAGAAGCAGCUGGGCAGGAAGAACGUGCGCUUCGACCAGGUCACCGUGUACUACUUCGCGCGGCGCCAGGGCUUCACCAGCGUCCCCAGCCAGGGCGGCAGCUCCCUGGGCAUGGCCCCGCGCCACAACUCCGUGCGCAGCUACACCCUGUGCGAGUUCGCGCAGGAGCAGGAGGUGAACCACCGCGAGAUCCUGCGCGAGCACCUCAAGGAGGAGAAGCUCCACGCCAAGAAGAUGAAGCUCACCAAGAACGGGACCGUGGAGUCGGAGGAGGCGGACGGGCUCACGCUGGAGGACGUCUCGGACGAUGACAUCGAUGUGGAGAACGUGGAGGUGGACGAUUACUUCUUCCUGCAGCCGCUGCCCACCAAGCGGCGCCGGGCACUGCUGCGCGCCUCCGGCGUGCACCGCAUCGACGCCGAGGAGAAGCAGGAGCUGCGGGCGAUCCGGCUCUCCCGGGAGGAGUGCGGCUGCGACUGCCGCCUCUACUGCGACCCCGAGGCCUGCGCCUGCAGCCAGGCCGGGAUCAAGUGCCAGGUGGAUCGCAUGUCCUUCCCCUGUGGCUGCUCCCGGGACGGCUGCGGCAACAUGGCCGGGCGCAUCGAAUUCAACCCCAUCCGCGUGCGGACUCACUACCUCCACACCAUCAUGAAGCUGGAGCUGGAGAACAAGCGCCAGGGCGGGCGGCCCCCGGUGCCCGAGGAGGCCGCAUCCGGCGCCGCUCACGGCUGCGGCAGCGCGUGGCCGGGGCCGCAGCCCGGCGAGACCCAGGACUUCCAGGAGUUCAUGGCAGAGAACGAGUCGGCCGUGAUGCACCUGCAGACGGCCGAGGAGCUGGAGAGGCUGAAGGCUGAGGAAGACUCCAGCAGCGGCGCCGGCGUCGAGAGCUUGGGCGUCUGCAUCCUGGAGGAGCCGCUGGCCGUGCCGCAGGGGCUCUGCCCGGCUCUGGCCGCUCCCAUCCUCAUCCAAGCCCAGUUACCUCCGGGCUCGUCCGUCCUCUGCUUCGCCGAGGGCUCGGAGCCGGCGGCCACGGGCGAGCAGCCCUACUUGAACGAUGGCUCCGUGCUCUACUACCCGGUGGAGCCGAGGCCGGGCUCCAGGGGCGAUGGUGCCCCCCCAGAGCCCCCAGCACCGUCCUGCGUGGCCGAGAAGGAGCUCAGCGUCCUGCCCGGGGCCGGGGCUGCUCCCAGCCGAGCCGCCAGCAAGGGGGAAGCAGCCAAACCCCCUCCGUCCCCACCCGGGGCUGCAGCAUCCGCCGCGGGGAGCUCGGUGCCAGCGGAGCCGGUGCCGGAGCCGGUGCUGCCGCUGUGAGCGAGGCCCCCCCUCGGUGCUCCGUUAUUUAUUGACAAUAAGAUUUUAUGGACCAGCA